UGCCGCCGGGUGAGUUUGCGGUUGAAAAAAUAUUCAGUGAAACUAGGCGUUGGUCAAAAAUAUCAUUAUUUUGUUGUUGCUGUAAAUGUGCACCAUAUUAUGUUAGGCAGUAACGUACUUUUAGUGUUGUUUAUGGGAUUUAUCUGCUCCACAGCAGAAGAAAAACAGCACAUCUGUCGCGAAGAAGGCGGAGUCGUUUAUAACCGAAGAUGCUUUUGGAUCUUUUAUGACCCGGAUGUGGUAAUCACAAGUGCACAGGCAGAACAAAAGUGCAUCGAAUCUAAUGCUUUACCUGCCAAUAUAUACGGUAUACAGCAUUUUAACCAAAUUAAAAAUUAUGGACGUGAAAAGAGACCCGGGGCAACCUAUGCAGUGUUUCUAGGAAUGACGUACAAUCCAAGUAAUAAUGUAUUAAAAAAUAGGGAUGGGACGAUUUCAAAUUUGCCGGAUUCUGUGUGGGUGGGAUGUAAAACCUACACUGAAGUAGCAAUUCUAAUUGGUGCUUCUCCCGACGACUAUGAUAAUGGCCUAGGAACAACAACUAGACCAACGGAUACUUUUCGAGGUGUUCUAUGCGAAAUUGAACUCAUUUGCUCUCCUCUACAAAUAAACAUGGAAACCCAAACGCUUGCAUGUUCCGACUCGCAAAAUUGCAUUAUAUCUUGCAAACCUGGUUUUGUUCUUGAAGAUGGAAGCACCAGCAUUACAUUGACAUGCCAAGAUAAUCUUGAAUGGAAUGGAGAAGUGCCAACAUGCCGAGCUGUCGAGUGCACAGUACUCAGUUUUGAUGGGCAAUCAGGACUUAUGCAAUGCACUGGGAAUAAAUAUCAGAAUGAAUGCAACUUCGUCUGUGAUUCUCACAAACAACUCAAAGGACCAAGAAAAAGAAUCUGCAAUGAAGACGGGACAUGGUCAGAAAUACAACCAACCUGUGAAGACGUUAUUUGCGAACCAAUAGAUUUCUCGACCGAACAAGGAACAUUUGAUUGCACGGAUGGAUAUAAUUACGCGAGUUACUGCAGUUUCUACUGCAAAUCUGGAUUGCAAAGAUGGGGAGCAAAAAAAGUAGUUUGUCUUUGGACAGGAGAAUGGUCGGAAGAACCACCUACUUGCAAAAAAUACGAUCCCAAAUGUCCUGCUGCUCACAAACACACUUCAUGUCCUGACAGCAACUGUGACGUCAAUGCUGAUUGCGAUGACGACAAGAAGAUUUGUUGUCCUACAAAAUGUGGAACGUCAGUUUGUUGGGAUUUACCUAAACGAACAAUUUCUAGAGAAGCGCUUCUAUGGAUAGUACUUGGUGGAUUAGGCAGAAAGCAAUUCCCUACAAACUGCUUGAGAAACGCAUGUGAGACUGCACGAUGUCCAGCAAAUCUCAACGCACAGUGUAGAACAUCAUGCAAUAGUUGCCGAGCUCACUUUUACGAUUUUAAUCAAGAGGUUACCGGAAAUUGUCAAUGUCCAGGUGGUUAUGUCGUGCCAAACUGUAAUCAACAACAAUGUGCAAACUACAGAUGCAUCACACACGGCCAGCAGAUAUCUCACUACUAUGCUAGUCAAUACUACAACCCCAAUAUACUAUGUCGUAUGAGCAGUUGUGGUGGAUGCUUUCCCCGAUUCUACGAUAGACGUGGACGAAGAAUCAAUUGCAGACAAAUAUUGCAACUUGUAUCAAAUCCAGGAAUUCCUGUGGCGAAUCUACCAAUUAGCGGAUGAGUACUGCAGACUAUAGACGACGGAUCUCAACACAACAACAAUGUAUUAAUCUUGAACAAAGCUUACCCGAUUUAAGCCUGUUAUCCGUGUUUACAAAAUUAUAGAAGAGGACUUGAAGCAUCAUCCAAACUUUACUUAAAUAUAUGCUUAAGGACAUUUACAAUCAUGAGAAUUUGGCAUCCGUGAACAAUGAAUUAAACUUUUGUGGCCGUGGCAUUGUGGCAUACUAGAAAUAAUUUUUGGGACCUCCUGAAGUAUGUGCACCAAGAUGGCGCACAACCUGAACAUAGUAUGUGUACCAGGUCAGAGUUCAGGUUAUGCGACAUCUUGGUGCACAUACUCCAGGAGCACCGAUUUUUGUUGUUUUACCUCCAGCCACAUCUAGUUACCACAUCCCCAAUAAGGCCCAAUGUCAUAAACUGUUUGUCCAUGCCAUUUCCCCUUAUGGAAUAGAUUUUAAAUGACACAAAGAUCUUUUAUAGGCAUAUUUGAAUUGUUUAUUUUAAUACAUUUUGUCAUUAUUUUGCAUUUUUCAUCACUUUCUCUUAAUUUGUUUAGUUAACGAUAAUUGUGUAUAUCAAUUUGUCAUUGAUUGGUAUUUUUUCAUAACUUUCGAACAACUCUCAUUUUGUUUAUUUUACGAUAAUUGUUUAUAUCAGUGUGUUGACGACAACCAAUAAGAAUAAAUGUAUAUCCAGUGUAA